AUGCCACAGCAACAGGCAUCUACACCACCCAACUCGCACCCGCAAAGCUCCAUCCCGGGCUACCGUCCAGGUCCUUACCUCACCCGCUCCAAGAAGUUCUUCCUCGCCGCUGUCAUCUUCAUACCCGUGGCGUCCUACCUGUGGCUGCGGCGCCUCGAGUCGCAGUCGCGCGACCGCACCCGCCUCCUGGAGGAGGAGGGCCGGCGGAACUGGAUCCAGGCCGAGAAGGAAAAGCAGCGAUACCUGGCCAGCAGGAAGGAUCGAGAUCUAAGCGUCGCCGUGGGGAGGAGUGGUGGGGGAGUCUGA